AUGACUUCUGGUUUUUAAGAUAGUUCUAUAAGAGUGAUAUUUUAAAAGUAUUUAUUAGACUCAUUUGGUGCUUAGGGCAAAAAGUAAGAACAUUUAUGAUUAAGUAAUUGAAGAGAAAAAGAAGACGGAGAUUUGUAAAAACUUCCUUUUCAAGGGAUCAUGCAAAUAUUAAGAGAAUGUAUAGAGUUAAUAAAAAUAAAGUGUUCAUUUGCUCAUGGAGAUAAUGAAUUAAGAGAUAGAGUGCCUGCAAAUGAGAACUUUAAAACAAAACCAUGCAAGAACUAUCAUAAGUUUGGAGUUUGUUCAUAUGGAUUAAGAUGUUAAUACUUACAUUCAGAAAUAAAGGAUAAGAUUAAAUGGUGGGGUUAUAUUUAGAAAUAAUUUAAAAAGAAUAUGGUUCCUUUCACUUUUCCAUGGGAUAAGCAAGAGAAGACAUCCUCAAUUUAGAGAAUAGAUAUUUUAAGAUUUUAAAGAGUAUUUAAGGAUUAUUAAGAGGUAGAAUAAUAACUAUCAUAUUUUAAAAACCUUUGUGUAUGA